AUGGAAAAACCCCGGCCAUUAUGGGACAAUCCCUUACAGUUUGUUUUUGCCUGCAUUUCUUAUGCAGUGGGGCUGGGAAAUGUUUGGAGAUUUCCAUAUUUAUGUCAGAUGUACGGAGGAGGGGGAUUUUUAAUCCCAUAUCUCAUCAUGUUAAUUGUAGAAGGGAUGCCUUUGCUAUACCUGGAGCUGGCAGUGGGACAGCACAUGCGCCAAGGGAGCAUAGGCGCGUGGAAAAUCAUAAGCCCCUACCUCAGCGGAGUUGGCAUUGCCAGUGUGGUGGUGUCAUUCUUCCUCUCCAUGUACUAUAAUGUUAUAAAUGCCUGGGCAUUCUGGUACCUGUUCCAUUCAUUCCAGGAUCCCUUGCCAUGGGCCAGUUGUCCACUGAACAGUAACCACACCGGUUAUGACGAAGAAUGUGCGAAGACCUCGUCUACUCAGUACUUUUGGUACAGGAAAACCCUGAACAUUUCACCAUCCAUUGAGGAGUAUGGGAGCAUCCAGUGGGAGCAAGCGGUAUGCCUGAUCCUGGCUUGGCUGGUGGUCUAUCUGUGCAUUCUGAGAGGAACAGAGUCUACCGGCAAGGUUGUCUACGUAACAGCUACUUUGCCAUAUUUGGUCCUCAUGAUAUACUUAAUUAGAGGACUAACACUACAUGGAGCUGUGAAUGGGCUGAUUUACAUGUUUACACCAAAGCUAGAGCAAUUAGCAAAUCCUAAAACCUGGAUUAAUGCAGCUACCCAGAUCUUUUUCUCACUUGGUCUUGGUUUCGGAAGCCUGAUAGCGUUUGCCAGCUACAACGAGCCAAACAACAACUGCGAGAGACAUGCCAUUAUCGUCUCUUUGAUAAACAGCAGCACGUCCAUAUUUGCCAGUAUUGUGACUUUCUCUAUCUAUGGCUUUAAGGCGACUUUCAACUAUGAAAACUGUCUAAGCAAGGUAAUAUUGCUGUUGACAAACGUUUUCGACCUGGAAGAAGGAGCUUUAACGGCAGACAAUCUCGACAGUAUGAAAGAUUAUCUAACGUCCACUUACCCAAACCGGUAUGCAGAAUUAUUGCCACAGAUUAAAAACUGCAGUUUGGAAGCUGAACUAGACACGGCUGUCCAAGGCACUGGACUGGCAUUUAUAGUGUAUUCGGAAGCAAUAAAAAACAUGGAGGUCUCUCAGCUGUAUUCAGUGCUGUACUUUAUUAUGCUGCUGAUGCUGGGCAUAGGCAGUAUGCUGGGGAACACUGCAGCUAUCCUCACCCCUUUGACAGACAGCAAAUUUCUGUCCACCCAUUUACCUAAAGAGGUGAUCUCAGGUAUCGUGUGUUUCAUCAACUGCAUUGUUGGCCUGGUGUUCACCAUGGAGGCUGGAAACUAUUGGUUUGACAUAUUCAAUGACUAUGGAGCUACCCUCUCUCUGCUGCUCAUCGUCCUGGUGGAGACGAUUGCGGUUUGUUAUGUCUAUGGGCUAAGGAGAUUUGAAAAAGACCUUCUCCUAAUGAUCGGACACAAGCCAAACUGGUAUUGGAAAAUUAUGUGGGCUUUUGCCAGUCCUGUGCUAAUUAUAAGCUUGUUUAUAUUUUACCUCACUGACUACAUCCACACAGGAACACUGCAGUAUCAAGCGUGGGAUGCCACACAGGGUCAACUGGUUACAAAAGAUUAUCCAAGUUAUGCUUUGGCAGUUAUUGGACUACUUGUGGCUGCAUCCACAAUGUGUAUACCAAUAGGUGCAUUAAUAAUUUUUAUAAUGAAGAGACUGAAGAAGAGAAGUGUAUCAACUCUUGAAUGAACAUUCAUAACUGGACUCAUGAAAACUAUCACCAGUUGCAAUAACUGUGUGGAUCUUGGAAACCACAGUAAUCAUUACUUGUAGCAACUAUUCAUAGAUAUACAGAACCUUGGGUGAUGUAUUUACCAUGAAGUGCUCUUGGCAGCUCCCACAGUGGUUCAAAAAGCUCUUCUGUGGCAGAGGAAGUCUUAAGAGGGUCUCUGAUAUACAAAGAACAGCAGCUCACAAAAAGCCACCUAGCACAAGAUACCAAGUAUUACUGGCUAAUGACAACUGAUGUUAGGCUAUUAUCUUUCACUGUGCAGUACUGCCUACUUAAAACAAUGAGCAUCAAUUAUAUGAAAGCAAAUUCUUUUGUAACUGAAGUAUGGAAAUUAUUCUUCAAAAUAACAUGCAUGUACAUGAGUGGUUUUCUUGAAGUUUUAUAUAUAUAGUUUGACUUCUCAAAUUUUGUAAUCUGAAUGUGCCAGUCUUUUCUACUUGAGAGAAAAAAUUACUAGGAAGUAUCUAUAUGUUGAGGUAAAGGAGGUCAAUAUUUCUUAAGAGCUGACGUAAAAGCAAAACAGCUUAAGCUUAUGCAUAAGCUGUAUCAAUUCUGAUGUUUCCAGUAGAAGUAAAUAUCAGGUUCCACUAUGCAACUGUGUACAGUACCUGUUUUCUAGGGAGUUACUAGUAGAUGCACAGCUUUACGCAGUAAAAUGUAUCUGUGACAGUUUCACAAACCACGCAACACAAAAGCCUCACACCAUACAACUAACUUCAACAAAGUUCACACCCAUGGAUAUGUAUUUUGAUUUUAAUCUUAUGAUGCCACAUUCCAAUAUUUGAUAGACCUGAACCAUUUUUCCCUGUGAGAAAGUUUUUCUAUAACAGAAAUGAACUCAAGAUGUGUUACAUUUUAAGUUUCAAUUAGAUAGUAGAAUUGUACUUUUUUUUUUUUUUGUUAAGUACAACAGAAGA